CGGGAAAUUUUAUGCACCCUUGUAUGUGCUGUUAUUAUAUAUACCAAUUGGUUGUCAGUGCGGGACUUCCGAAGAAACUCUGUUUUUCUCUUUUUCUCUGCAGAUAGCAGAAACAGCUCAUUCAGAUACGCCUGGAGUUUAGGCCCACUUAAGCACAGUGCUCGCAUCGGGUGUCAGGUCCCCUUCGUACCAAAUUUGUUCCUGUACAUCCAUCAUUUACCGUCGUGGAGACAAUUGGGUUCCAUUUCCUACUUAUCUCCUGAAACGCAAACAAGGCGUCCUGCUCUUGAAAUGGCGAGUCCUUCAAAAAAUCUCUCACAGCCGAGUGGUCGUGGUAGCACCCCAUCCUCUCUGAGAGGUUACGAGUCUUUGCAAACGACGCAUCCUUUCCCGGUAAAGGUGAACACGAAAGAUUAUUUUGAGCUCCCCUAUCCAGCGAUUCGAUCUGAAAACGCAGUCUCGUCCGCCACUCGUGACAAAAUGUCGAUGAACGUUUCGAAACGCUUCGAAACUCUUCCUGGGUCCCUAGUGACGUCGCAGAGGAGAAAGGCAGUGACUGAGAACCUUCCAUCUCUAGCCGUAGCCGAAGAGGCAAACGACAGAGGCGAGGAUCAUGCUAAAAACGAAAGCAUAUUUGGAAUUCCCUCAACGAAAUCAACGGUCCCUGCAACUGGCACAGCUACUAAUCGGCCCGCUACUGAUAGCCGCGUCCAUGCGCUAGUAGUCGACAGACAGAGGAAUGAAGGAAUUCAAUCGGAUGAGCGCACUAUCUGUACUCAUCAAGAGAUUCACGUCACGGCAACAGAGAAACGUUCAUUGCAGGCACAGAAAAGCUCGCAACGAAAUGUUCAGAGAGAGACAGAGAGGGUUGGAGCAGGGACACCUCUUUUAUCCAUUUGCCGGGACAACGAGAAAACGCGAGCCUCAGAAGCAGGCAAGCAGAGUGCCCCCUACCGAGUAAACCCGUCUAAUACCAAAGGACGGCAUGACGAGUCGAAGACGCCGAUGCUGCAGCACUCCACGGAAACGAGACUGCCUAGGGAACAGCCUCAUGCGUGUUUGUCCCGUGAGCAAGGUUCUCGGUCCUCAGGUGGAGAAACGAAACGGCAGGAUUCGGGGAAACUGACAGUCGUCGCUGGUGACACCGCUGCCAAAGCCUGGAAUAACGAACGAGAAGGAACUGCCUGUGGCAACACAACAGAUACAUCCAGGAAAGAAUCACUGAACGCAGAGAAACUUUCACGACCGUCGUCGCAAACGUGUGCCAGAAGUUCGGCACAGCAGAACACUGCAUCGACAAACUCAACCAAGGGAAAAAGGUCUAAACGCGAUGCAGAAGAAACUGCGCGAAGCAGUGACCCGUGUUUCCGUGCCACAACGAGCGAAAACGCAUCUGCAGCUUCGCCACUGAGCGUCGGCAAGUUAGCAGCACCGUCUUUUACAAUUGAUGAGGACACAGUGGGACCUGGUUCGAAUAAGCAGUUUUUUUCGACUUCUCAAACUGAGCGCGAUGACUUUCUUUGUUCUCGUGUCGAGGAAGAGACUGUGACGUCUAAGAGCAACGUACAAGAGUCUCUCGCUGAGAUUGCGUGUGCUUUGCCUCCCUCAAAAAGAGGGGUAGCGUCAAUUGGGAAAACGUCGUCUUUCACGGACACCGAGACAGUGCUGGAAUCGCACUUUCGAGUGGAGGACAAACGCCACCAGGUCAUUUGGGGAAAGAGUGGCGUUGGUGCAUCGUCAGCAGGUGCCCAUGUGUUCGGAGAUGAUCAUGGCUCAAACCCAAGCACCGCAGUGAAGCCUGUCAGCAAAAAAGACGAGAGUUCUUGGACAACGCCCUCGCAGACGAAAUCACAAUCUCACACGUCUCAAAGACGAGCCUCGAUGACUUCAGUCACCAACACCAGAAAUUCUACGUCGCCCCCUAACGUCCUAAACCAAGGGCCCACGCAAGAAACGGAAUCACCUCCGCCUUUCAACUGCACCUACGAGACAGAAAGCAGAAACCGUAGGCGCUGCACAAACGAGCCGUCCGGGCUUUCUGAAACCUCUGACGCUUCUGCCAACGCACACGCCAGUCGAUCAGGAAGAGGACAUGCGACAGAGAUGACCGAAGCCGAAGUCGUCGCUGCCACUCUCUCCUCGGAGCGUGGCAACCGAAACCAGGGGAGUCGGGGGGAGCGUCUCGGGGGAGAGCGAGAUCUGCCACUUCCUGAGAGGCGAUAUUCUCAGGCAGUUCAACGAGAAUGCAGUAAUAGUGGUAGCGUGACAGAUUCAGGGGUAGCAUUUGCAGAGGCGAAGGAUAAUUGGUCCCACGGAGGUCGUGCACGGGUUCCCGAGUCCUCGCUCUCUGGAGCCGAGGGCAGCACACAACGCAGUCGUCCCUCCGGUGAUAAAAUGAAACGCAUGUCCCGGGGCAUGAGUUCUUGUGUAGCAGAACAGGUGUUGAUGAAGGCAAAAGUUGAAAAAAGGGUAGGAGGUACUGCAUCCUCAAAACAUGUUUCUCGUCCAGGACUGGACACAUCAGCAGCAAGAACAAAUGAAAGCAAACAUCCACAAGCACAGGCAUUUUCGGAGAAAGAAAGCCACAGCCACUCGCACAGUUCACAACAAAACGGUUCCCCAGGCUAUUCGUCGGCUAAAGCAGGGUUAUCUGACGAGGAGAGAGAACGGACGAAUGUGCUAGGAAAUGCAGGGAAGAGCACUGUGGCGGACCGUGGGUCUGAGACAUUUGUAAAGGAAAUGGAGGCUGACAGCGCAGCCAAGACCACAUCCAGAGAUCUGUUUUCUGCUUCUCGCCACCUUCUCCACGGAAGCAGUUCCAGGGGAAAGGACUCCAGCCGAGAGUCUCAGCCUCCUGCACCCCUUAUCGUUCAGGCAGGCAGUGGAAGUGGAAAGACUCUCAAUGCUUCUAUUCAUCUAUCAACUCUCUCAGGUGCAUUUACCGCUCAACAUACUGGAGAGACGGGGACAACCUUCUCUGUCUCCGCUCCGCUGUGUCCGACCUCAGAGGUUUCCGACAACAUAGCUGGCGCGCCUCCAUCUUCUUCUACUGAAGUGAAAGCGACAAGUGAAAUCUCUAAAGCUGAUACACAGUCCGCCGCGAGACAGCUCGAGCUAGAGAGGGGCGAGAAGAGCAUGGAAGGGAAAAGAGGCGAAGACUCCAGAAAGGUACACACGCCAACACCUGAGGGAGAGUUUACGCGAAACAAUCUGAACUCGAAAUGCCGCUUGAACUCUUCACAUAAGGAAGAAAGAAGAGAAAAACGGAUGAGUUCGAAAAGAAUAGAAACGGAACUGGGGAGCGGAGACAGGAACGACGGUGGAGAGAGAGAAAUGGAGAGAAGAAGUAGGAACGCAGAGCGUAGUCAAACUGAGGGGAGCGAAGUAGAAUGCAGCAGAACCAGCAUGCGACCGACUGAUGACACAAACGCAGCGACUCGAAAAAAUGACAUGAGAGAAGCAAGCGAACGACAAGCGGUAAUCACAUCGACAGAGACAAGGCACACAGCCUCCAGACCAGAGGAAGGCCGGCGCAAUGAGAAAGCGGAGUGCCAUGGAGAUGAGAACGAGAACUGUGGUAGUAUGACGAGCAAAAAUCGAAUUGGAAUCAGGUACUCAAGCACAGAUAGCAGUUUUGCAAACAAAGGCGGACGUACAAAAACGGAUUUCCCCUCUUCUAUUGCGUCUUCGGCAUCCACCAUGUGCACGUCUUCCUCAUCUUCCAAUUUGGAGUCUCUGCAGUGUACGAUGCAUGAACAAGAAACAAAACAUCGCGGUUGCAGUCGCCGUUUGUCGGGAUCACUUCAUCACCCUUCCGCGGGUCCCAACUCCGCAUCGAAAAACCAUAAUUGCUCUUCUGUAAGGCAGGCGGAAGGAUUAAUGAAGACCGACGAAACUUUAGCGAGUGAGCUUUGCUUGAGCCCGGAUGAACUCCUGAAUGUCGCCCAUGGAGCUAAUCAAGAUGAGACCCUAUACCUUACCGCGGAACCGCUUUUUGAUGCCUCGCGAUCCUCUAGAAAGAGCGACGCCUGCGGCUCAGAGGUCAGAGCACCCGAGGAUUCGGCACUGGGAAAAGGCCGCAGCAACAGGCAGGCUGGGCAUCUUUCUCAAGUAAAGACUUCGUCGUGCGACUCAGAGGAUAAGCCUCUUUCUCUUAACGACAGUGACGGAAAAGAACGAAAUGAUUCCACUGUAUUGGGCGAGAGGAGGUAUUUGCCACCAAAACGGCCCACGAUCAAAGGAAAUAGUGUUUCAACCAGGGAGACGCCAGAGCCAGGAGAAAAUCUUUCGAACUCUAAUGCGGGUAUGCGUUUAACUCCUCAAAUACCCCCGCUUCCAAAAGCCCUACAGCAUCUCUCUUUACUGUGUACUGGCGAGACCGAAAACGGAGAACUGAGGGCACUUACACAAAUCCAACAGAGCGUCAUGGAGCACAUAGCCGCCCAGGCAAUUACUGAGAGCGCAGUGGUCAGACUGAGGAUUCAACGGCAGCUCCGGAACGCCGGGAUUUCCACGGCGGAUCUGGAGAGCGUUGAGGAAUACCUGGUCAACAAAAUGCCCCUCACAAUUGCAGUA